AUGGAUUUCGAGAACCCCGCCCAUCUUCGGUCAACGCUCAGAGAUGACCCAGUGAAAGGUCCUAUCUGGGUCGCGAAGUUUGAUAUUCCGAAGCCCACCGACGAUACAUCGCGGGACCUUCUUUUAGCUCUGGUUGAUGAGCUGAACGACAAAAAUAUCAGCUACGACCGUCCAGACUCCCAGUCGCUCAAGUUCGAGUGGGUUGGAAGCCGUGAUAACGUUGGAAAAGACACGCCGCAGCCUUCACUUCCCGAGAGAGAGAUAUUCAAAAAGCUCAAUGCGGAGACGAAAAGGCCAUUGGCGAUCCUUUACCUCUACGGUGGCACCUUUGUGCUCAACACCCCAUCCUCCUACCGUAAAACAGCCGGGUUCCUCGCUGAAGCGACGGGGUCUAAAGUUCUCAUGGUACAUCAGCAUCUCGCGCCACAGAAUCCUUUUCCAGCUGCUCUGCUUGAUGUAUUCCAGGCCUACCUGACGCUACUGGCACCUCCUCCCCCCACGAGGCCAUUCCCCCAUCCUCCAUUGUGGUGGCAGGCGAUAGCUCAGAUCUUGCUUCGACUUCAGCGUCAGGGAAAGUCAAUUGUCUUCCAUGGGCAGACAAUCAUGCCAAUAAUUCCUGCUGGUAUGGCAUUAGUGAGUCCUAUAACCGAACUCACCAACUCUCUUCCCUCUUACGAGCGAAACAUGGAGACGCAUUUGUUCCCGGUUCCUGUCGAGAAACUGCCUUUUCUCCAGCCUGGCUUUCCUACUUGUUCGAUCUGGCUCACUCAGCCUCCGCGCGCGGACCUGUACUGCGAAGCCGACAUGCUAGCUCACCCACUGGUCAGCCCCGCGGCUUCAGAUGACUGGUCUGGAUCAUUUCCCAUCUGGAUGGCGUCUGGCCAAGAGCAAACCGUUGAUCCGGCAAUGUUAAUCGCACAGGUGGCUCAUUCUCAGGGAGUAUCAGUCACGCACCAGGAGUAUGAGAACAUGCCGCACACGUUCUUUUUCUUCUUCCGCCAUGCACCGCAGACAAAGAAAGUUAUGGAGGACUGGGUGCAGGCUAUCCUCCUAUUUUCUCGGGGUGAGAGGCCCGUUUCUAGUGCUAGCUAUGUUAGAGCAAAGGGCCUAAUCGUGGAGCCAAAGGACAUAGGGCGAUUGGUGCCUUUCAGCGUGGCCGAGUUACGGGAACUCAUGGGGAAGAAGACUCUCGGCUUCAAAGUUCCUUCUUUUCAUCGACACGGUCGAUCGAACCUGUGA